AUGAAACUUUUCACCAAACUUCUUGGGAGGGUUCUUCUGCCACCUGCCGAGGGCCUACCACCUGCAGUGGGGCUGCCAAAUGCCGUGGGGCUGCCACCUGCCGUGGGGCUGCCACCUGCCGUGGGGCUACCACCUGCCGUGGGGCUGCCACCUGCAGUUGGGCUGCCACCUGCCGUGGGGCUGCCACCUGGCGAGGGCCUACAACCUAGCGUGGGGCUGCCACUUGCCGUGGGGCUGCCACCUGCCGUGGGGUUGCCAUCUGCCGUUUUGAGUGUGUUUGAAUUCAGAGGUGUCAGUGGCGGACCACGUAUAUAA